GUUUACAGGCGCGUAAUCUGAAGCCCCGCCCUCGAGCGUGCGUCGAGACGUUCAUUACGUGAGUGCGUCCGCAUUUCCGCGCUGCGCCAUUUCGGAGCGGAUCUGAUCCAGGAAUCAGACACAUACGGUCAGAAACACGAGAAACUCACGAUUGAGCCAUGCAUCGCGACUGCCCUCUGGACUGUAAGGUGUACGUUGGGAAUCUGGGAAACAAUGGGAACAAAUCCGAACUGGAGAGGGCGUUUGGCUACUACGGACCCCUGAGGAGCGUGUGGGUGGCCAGGAACCCUCCCGGUUUUGCGUUUGUUGAGUUUGAGGACCCUCGCGAUGCCACAGACGCCGUCAGAGAGCUGGACGGACGGACCCUCUGCGGUUGCCGAGUGAGGGUGGAGCUGUCCAAUGGCGAGAAGCGCUCUCGUAACCGGGGUCCGCCUCCGUCCUGGAACCGACGCCCACGCGAUGACUACCGCAGGCGCAGCCCGGCCCCCAGGCGCAGAUCGCCCAGGAGGAGGAGCCUCAGUCGUAGUCGCAGCAGAUCUCUUUCCAGAGAGCGCCGGAGGGAGAGAUCGCUGUCUCGUGACAGGAACCACAGGCUCUCACGAUCUUUCUCCCGAUCAAGGAGUCGUUCCAGAUCGACUGAACGGAAAUGAACUUCUGAGAAGAACGUCGUGACGGAAACCUCGGCACAGAUCAAACAUGUUGAAAAACUUUGAAAAGACUUGGAGUCCCCCACAUUUUUUUUUUAUUAACAUUAUUUUUAGCAGUUCUGUUUUCUUCUGUAGCUGCGGUUGUGCGUGUUUGCAGUUUUAAUGCGACGGCAUUCCAUCUCACACUUUUAAGACUCUUUUUAUUUGUUUUUUGGAGGUGAAUGUGAUUGGUCCUGCUGUGCUGAGCUCGACCGUGUUUGUGUUUUCUGUGCGAUCAGAGGGGGGAGAUGUAACGGCACUAUGACGGCAGCAGGGGGUGGAAUGGAGAACAGCUUUUUUUCUUUUUCUUUUUUUUUUUUUUUCCCUUGUAGUGUUUGUACUGUUUAUAAUGUUGAUCUGAAUUAAAACCCAUUACAAAAAUGCUUUGGUCUCUCCGAAUUUUUUUUUUUUAAUUGUAUGUUUUUAAAAAAGUAGUAUUUAAUUUAUAGUGAAAUACAUAGUGACCGUUUUUGAAGUGUCUUUGAAUUGACAUUUACUCUUUUAACAGAUGACUUUAUCCAAACACUGAGCAUAGAUUUUACAGCAUUUUUUUUUCUUUUGCAAAAACACUAAAAAAUUAUAUUGUUCCUUGUUUAUGAACAUUGUAAAAAAGACUUUUCAUAAUCUGUACCAAUAAAAAUAAUUAUUGGAAUUCAUGUUAAAAGUAAAUACCAGUGUGUUUUUUCU